CUUCUUCAACUUCAGUGUCACCUUCUCCUACUACCAAACCAUUUACAUCCCUGACUUCACCACAUAUUUUUACAUCUACUUUACUUUAUUCAUCUUUAACAAAUACUGCAACAACAACUCCUGUAGUAACCUCUUCAUCACUUUCCACAAAACCUACAAGAAUAUCUUCUUCAACAUCUCCCAUCACCAAAUCAGUCUGGACAACCUCUCAGAAGGAAGCAGACAGCCUCGUUACCAGGCUGUCUUCACCCGGUGUGAAGACAUCUUCUAGGGAAACAGCAGCAAUAAUUGGAGUUGGAGUGGCUGGGACUGUACUAGGAAUCACUGCCAUACUAGUGCUUGUGGUGCUUAUUUACAUCAUCAAAAGAAGAUACAUCAAGUCGUGAGUUUGGCCGUGUAUAUACCGCUGCUUGAAAGAUUUAUUAAACUUGCUCAUUUUUCUGCUAAAGGGAAUGUAGCAGCAGUAUGUAAGGGAUAAAACUGAUAGGGCCUUAAGUUUUAGCAACGUUCCCUUUAUUACAAAAAAAGUUGCAGAAGCCAGUCAAGGAUCAACAAUAAUUUUCCCCUCCAAGAACUAACAUUGAUUCAUGAUACAGAUACAGAAGCCUCGGUUCCCCACUCCCCCGGAAUUCCUCGGAACGAGGCUAACAUUAUGACAGCAGAAUCAGGGCUAGAUGACUUGGGUGGUAUAGAGAACGAUAACAUAGAACACCUCAAAACAGAUCUCGAUAGAAAAGGGAUGAUUGUCCCUAAGCAGCUUCUUGAACUUUCAUCUGUUGUUGGACAAGGAGAGUCAGGUCUGGUGUAUCGUGGCUAUAUUAACUAUGCCUCUGGCAAAAAAAUUGUUGCUGUGAAAACAUGUAAAGCCUUAUCUUGGGCAAGUGAUAUGGAGAGACUGAUGAAAGAAGUAUCUGUCAUGUUCUCUUUCCGUCACUGUAAUAUAAUGCCACUGAUUGGAGUGUGCUUUGAUAAAGGGGCUCCCCUAAUAAUUAUGCCCUUUAUGACGGGUGGAACUGUGUUGGAAUAUGUGAGACGACACAAAGAAAGCCUGCAUUGCACAUCCACCUCUGAAGUGAAAACUGCCAUGAACACGUGUCUGGGUAUGUGUCUUCAAAUCAGUAAGGGUAUGGCAUAUCUUACUGACCAGAGAUUUGUCCAUCGUGACCUUGCAGCAAGGAACUGCAUGAUUGAUAGGAAUGGUGUUGUUAAAGUGGCUGAUUUUGGACUAACAGAAGAUGUAUACAACACUAAAUACCUCAGUGUCGAGGUAAGUGAAGAGAGACUGCCAAUCAGAUGGAUGGCCCCUGAAAGCAUCGAGAGCAACAUGUUUAACGAGAAAACUGAUGUUUGGUCAUAUGGAGUGACAUGUUGGGAGAUAUUCACAUGUGGAGGAGUACCUUAUGCUGGUAUUCAUCCUAUGAUUGUUCUAAGAGAGGUCCGAUCUGGCAAGAGAUUAGAAAGGCCCAGUAACCUUGCCUGCUGUGAUGAGAUUUGGGAUAUGAUGGAAUCAUGUUGGGCAGGACAUCCUAUUCAACGUCCAAAGUUUGUCAGUCUCACAAAACUGUCCUCUGGGCUCCUGGAAAAACACUCAGACUAUACGAAACUGACUCAUGUAAUAAUAUAGAAAGCUUACUCUUAGCAAUUUUUGGUUAGCUACUUAUAUAUAACAAUGUAUGCAGUUAUUAUCUGUGGAGUUGUAGCUACACAAGUGGAAGUCAUUUCUUCAGAGGGAUAAUAUAGAGAUGGCUCGAAGCACCAAAAAGGAAGGAACAAGGGUUUGUUAAAACGCAAAGACUACAUGAUACCAUCCCUUUAUCUUUUCUUGAUAUUAUUUUGCUACGUAGGUGGUACGGCUCUCUGCGCGACCUAGUCUCUGCUGCUCCAAAUCUUGAGCAGAAGAACCUAUUUUAUGCACCCGCGGCAGAUUCUUCGGUUUCGUCGUCCGCAAGUCCAUCCGCGGAACUAUGGCUACAACGCAUGUCUCAACUACUUAGUAACGGAGGUAGAAAGGCAAGGCAAGGCAAACUAAUCAACUACACCAAGAACACUAGAAAGAAGAAGAGCUGCCCUGGGUGGGAUUGGAACCCACGACACUCUGCAGUCUAGGCAAGCGCUCUACCAACUGAGCUACCAGGGCAACUCAGCUGGUAAGGGGCUUUUCUGCUUGUGUAUAGUGUGUGGCAUAAACGACUAUAGACAGACCAAAAUGUCUCUGGCGGUGCGACUGAAAGAACACAAGCGAUCAGUUUUUAACGAUGACAGGAGAGCAUCUGCUUUAGCAGAACAUGCUAUUGAUCCGGGACACACAAUAGACUGGGAGAAUGCUUCAGUUCUUGGUUUAUGCAGGGGCGUAGACACAAAUCAAAACGUGGGG